UUCUUCAAAGUUCAAAAAAUCGGAAGAUUAUACUUUCCCUUUUUCCUGGAACCCGAUUCGAAGAAAUUCUGCAAGAAAAAACUUCCGAUCCAUUCGAGUUUCACGAAGCUUUUCUUAUGGAAGAUCCUGGAGGGAAUUCAAUGGCUUCAUCAUCGUUUCUGGAGAAAUUUAAAAGCAGUGAAUAUGGAGUUUACGGGAUCAUCGGUGGCGGAAUCGUGGCUUUACUAGUACCGGUUUUACUCUCCGUGGUGUUGACCGGGAACAAAAAGGGGAAGAAGAGAGGCGUUCCGGUGAAAGUAGGCGGCGAGGAAGGUUACGCCAUGCGCCAUGCUCGUGGUCCUGAUUUGGUUGAGGUUCCAUGGCCAGGAGCUACAACUAUUGCUGCUUUGUUUGAGCAGGCUUGUAAAAAGUACACGAACAAUCGGUUGCUUGGGACGAGAGAGUUUAUAGAGAAAGAGAUCGUUACGGCUAGUGAUGGCAGAAAGUUCGAGAAGCUUCAUCUCGGUGAGUAUCGGUGGCAGAGUUAUGGAGAUGUCUUUGAACGUGUUUGCAAUUUCGCUUCAGGGCUUGUCAAUGUUGGUCAUAGUGUUGAUACUCGUGUCGCUAUCUUUUCGGAUACUCGAGCAGAGUGGUUCAUCGCGUUUCAGGGAUGUUUCAGGCAGAGCAUAACAGUUGUUACUAUUUAUGCUUCUUUAGGAGAGGAGGCUUUGAUUUACUCACUCAAUGAGACUCGAGUAUCAACCUUGAUAUGCGACUCGAAACAACUUAAGAAAUUGUCUGCGAUACAAUCGAGCUUGAAAACUGUAAAGAACAUUAUUUACAUUGAAGAAGAUGGAGUAGAUGUUGAUUCUGAUGACUACAAGAGUCUUGGUGACAUAACUGUUUCGUCCAUCUCUGAAGUUGAGAAACUAGGGCAGAGUAGCCCUGUUCAGCCGAGCUUACCUUCGAAGAAUGGAGUUGCUGUUAUAAUGUUUACCAGUGGUAGUACCGGUCUGCCAAAGGGAGUUAUGAUUACCCAUGGAAAUCUUGUCGCAACUGCUGCAGGAGUUAUGAAGGUCAUUCCAAAGCUGGACAAGAAUGACACAUAUGUUGCAUACUUACCUUUGGCUCAUGUGUUUGAGCUGGAAGCUGAGAUUGUGGUCUUUACCUCAGGUUGUGCCAUCGGAUAUGGUUCAGCAAUGACUUUAACUGACACUUCAAAUAAAAUCAAGAGAGGAACCAAAGGAGAUGUUUCAGUUCUAAAUCCAACCAUCAUGACUGCAGUUCCAGCUAUCCUGGAUCGUGUCCGAGAAGGAGUUCUAAAAAAGGUUGAGGAAAAGGGAGGGAUGGCGAAGACCCUCUUCAAUAUUGCAUACAAGCGCCGGUUAGCAGCUGUGGAUGGAAGUUGGUUUGGUGCUUGGGGUUUGGAGAAACUGUUUUGGGAAACUCUAGUCUUCAAAAAAAUACGCGCUGUGCUUGGAGGACACAUCCGGUUUAUGCUCUGCGGUGGGGCUCCUCUGUCUCCUGAUUCGCAACGCUUCAUCAAUAUCUGCAUGGGGGCUCCUAUUGGUCAAGGAUAUGGAUUGACUGAAACGUGUGCUGGAGCUACGUUUUCUGAGUGGGACGACCCUGCUGUUGGGCGCGUGGGACCUCCAGUGCCAUGCGGCUACAUUAAGCUCGUUUCUUGGGAAGAAGGUGGAUACAGAGUUUCAGACAAACCAAUGCCUAGAGGGGAGAUUGUGGUAGGUGGUAACAGUGUAACAGCAGGUUACUUCAACAACCAAGAGAAAACCGAUGAGGUUUACAAGGUUGAUGAGAAGGGCAUGAGGUGGUUUUACACUGGAGAUAUUGGGAGAUUCCACCCUGAUGGAUGUCUUGAAGUUAUUGACAGGAAGAAAGAUAUCGUUAAACUUCAACACGGGGAAUACGUAUCCCUUGGAAAGGUAGAGGCAGCUUUAGGUUCGAGCAAUUACAUCGAUAACAUAAUGGUACAUGCGGACCCAAUGAACAGCUACUGUGUAGCUCUUGUUGUUCCGUCACAAGGAGCAUUACAGAAAUGGGCAGAGGAAGCUGGAGUCAAACACAGCGACAUCUCUGAGCUUUGCGAGAACGGUGAAGCAGUUAAGGAGGUUCAACAAUCGCUUAUCAAGGCUGCAAAGGCGGCAAAGCUCGAAAAGUUUGAAAUUCCAGCGAAGAUCAAGUUGCUGCCGGAGCCAUGGACACCAGAGUCAGGAUUAGUCACAGCUGCUCUCAAGAUAAAGAGGGAGCAGAUAAAGUCCAAGUUCAAAGAUGAACUACACAAGUUGUAUGCCUAAAAAAUAUUUCUAUAUUACUUGUGACAAAACUUCAGUUUGACUUUCCUUUCAUUAAAUAUCUAUAGUAAACUUUGAUCACGAGGAGUUUAUUUCUCCCUUUUUAAUACAAUAAUGGAGCUACAGAAUAAA